GGAGCCCAUUCCGAGUUCCGCGCUCCGAUUGGCUGCGGCUGGCGAGGAUCGAGGGGAUCGGAACAGCAACAGCUCGACCUGGACUCGCUGCGCCGAACACGAACAACUAAACUCAGCAGGCAUAGGAGGGCCAGCGGUUGCUGCAGAAGUGCGAUUUCGGGCAAUGCCUGGCCCGUGACCCUGCGGAGGCCGAUUAUCGCGUGUGGAAAUGUUCAACAUGGCCAGCGGCGAGAUGCCGUGCGUCACUUUUCUCGCUCUGUACAUCCUCUCGUUUCACGUGCUGCACAUAAACUCGAGGACCUCGACGUACUGGAGACUCUCCGAGGACGGCAAGAUUGAGCCGAGUCCAGUGCAGCUUCCGGGCCUGGCCGGGGACACCGGCCUCGAGGAGGACGAGGUCUUCAACAUCAUCACGUCGACCGUGCGCUUCGGCACCAUGUGGUCCAAGCGCGACGACGAGAACAUUUGUUCCGAGUGCCAGCAGUCUUCAGCAGCGGACGCCCCUGUCCUCGCCAAAAACGAAACGGAAGGUAACUCAACCGAGUCGAAGACAGGCGGCGUUAAACUGCGCCUCGGAGGCCAGUCGGAGGGGAAAAAGGCGGACGGUGAGGAGCAACUGGACUGCGGCAAACCCGUGAAUCACACCUACUACGACCACCUGGUGGGCAUCGCCAACAGGCACACCCACCCUAAUGUACCUGAGCCGCAGACCUCGUUGAUAUUUUACCAGAAGAGCGGAAAGGGUACAAAGCGCAAUGAUUUCGACAUAGCCGCCGUUGAGAAAAGACUCCUGAAGGCCAAAAGAGAGAAACCAAAGUCGGUUCAGCUGUACAACCAAAUCGGCAACUUCUGGAGGGUGAAAGGCGACACACAGAAGUCGAUUGAGUGCUUCAGACGCGCUCUGGCCGUCUCGCCAAACAACGCCGAGGUUUUGCUGAACUUGGCCAGAGUUCUCUUCAACCUGCAGUACCUGGAUGACGCCAUCUCCCUCACCAGGAGAUCCCUAGAGGUGCAGCCGCCAGACAAGAGUCCGUGGCAACAGUACUUCACCCUUGGAGAAAUUCUCAAGGCGUAUGGGCACUACCAAGAGGCAGCGGUUCACCUGCGCAACGCACUGGAGUUAAAACCAGAGUUCGAGCCGGCCCUGGCAGCCCUGAGAGACAUUGAGAAUGUCCCUACGCAUGCCAUCCACAUAUACACAGUGCUGAUCAUCGUGUGUUUGGUACUGGGAGUGCUGUUCAUCAUUUUGUCACCGAUGGACGGCCAACUGGAGGAGAUGGGCGAGGUGAAGGGCCAGAGCAGGCACUUCAACCGGGCCAUGGCCAUGCGCAGCAUCAAAAUGGGCAUUUCCUCCAAGUCACAACUGCGAGCGCGCCGCAACUAAUUUAAAAUUUGAAUGCUUGUCGUUGUAGAAAUUUAGGGUCGCAACACCCCCGGCGCGGCAAGGCUUGUUUCUAUCGUAAUUAAGUGAUUGGUUGUUUACCGCUUUUUUACCGGCUGUGGAUUUAUUUCUAGUUUUCCUUUUUUAUUUAUUGAAUGUACUUUGUAAGUUUGAGUACUUGUGUUGUACGUGGAUUUGAAUCUAUCCGAUGUGUAUGUCGCCGAGCAAUAAAGUGAGUCAACUGCUCUGCUGCUAACUUA